AUGGAAGAAGUGUGCAGAAAGGUCAUGAAGAGGAAAGAGGAGUCAGAAUUAGGGCAAGAGCCUAAAAAGAGCCCCUUUUCGUUUUCUUCAAUCCCUGAAUCCACAGGUAAUGGCAUGCCUUACUGCCUCGGGUCCGGCUACGGCUUCAACGUGCGGGGCCAAGUGAGCGAGGGCGGGCAGCUGCGGAGCAUCAACGGGGAGCUGUACGCGCCGCUGCAGCAUGUGAGCGCCGUGCUGCCCGGGGGGGCGGCCGAUCGCGCCGGGGUGCGCAAGGGGGACCGCAUUCUGGAGGUGAACGGCGUGAAUGUUGAGGGGGCGACACACAAGCAGGUGGUGGACCUGAUCCGAGCAGGAGAGAAGGAAUUGAUCUUGACAGUGUUAUCUGUACCUCCUCAUGAGGCAGAUAACCUAGAUCCCAGUGACGACUCGUUGGGACAAUCAUUUUAUGAUUACACAGAAAAGCAAGCAGUGCCCAUAUCGGUCCCCACAUACAAACAUGUGGAGCAGAAUGGUGAGAAGUUUGUGGUGUACAAUGUUUACAUGGCAGGAAGGCAGCUGUGUGCUAAGCGGUACCGGGAGUUUGCCAUCCUGCACCAGAACCUGAAAAGAGAGUUUGCCAACUUCACAUUUCCCCGGCUUCCAGGGAAGUGGCCGUUCUCUUUAUCAGAACAGCAAUUAGAUGCCCGACGACGAGGGUUGGAAGAGUAUCUAGAAAAAGUAUGCUCAAUACGAGUCAUUGGUGAGAGUGACAUCAUGCAGGAAUUCCUGUCCGAAUCAGACGAGAACUACAAUGGUGUUUCUGACGUAGAGCUGAGAGUAGCAUUACCAGAUGGAACAACAGUUACAGUCAGAGUUAAAAAGAACAGUACUACAGACCAAGUAUAUCAGGCUAUUGCAGCGAAGGUUGGCAUGGACAGUACAACAGUGAAUUACUUUGCCUUAUUUGAAGUGAUCAACCAUUCCUUUGUACGUAAGCUGGCACCUAAUGAAUUUCCUCAUAAACUCUACGUCCAGAAUUACACAUCAGCUGUGCCAGGCACCUGCCUGACCAUUCGAAAGUGGCUUUUUACAACAGAAGAAGAAAUUCUCUUAAAUGACAAUGACCUUGCUGUUACCUACUUCUUUCAUCAGGCUGUAGAUGAUGUGAAAAAAGGUUACAUCAAAGCAGAGGAAAAGUCUUACCAAUUACAGAAGCUGUAUGAACAAAGAAAAAUGGUCAUGUACCUCAAUAUGCUAAGAACUUGUGAGGGCUACAAUGAAAUCAUCUUUCCCCACUGUGCCUGUGACUCUAGGAGGAAGGGGCACGUUAUCACAGCCAUCAGCAUCACGCACUUUAAACUUCAUGCUUGCACUGAAGAAGGACAGCUGGAGAACCAGGUAAUAGCAUUUGAAUGGGAUGAGAUGCAGCGAUGGGAUACAGAUGAAGAAGGAAUGGCCUUCUGUUUUGAAUAUGCACGAGGAGAGAAGAAGCCUCGAUGGGUUAAAAUCUUCACACCAUAUUUCAAUUACAUGCAUGAAUGCUUCGAGAGGGUGUUCUGUGAGCUCAAGUGGAGAAAAGAGAACAUUUUCCAGAUGGCGAGGUCACAGCAGAGGGAUGUGGCCACCUAGCCUUUCCCUACGUCUUUCCCUUCUCCACCUUCAUCCUCUUACCCCCUUCGUCUCCCGUGUCAGAGUAACCAUUAACACAAAGGAGGAAAAGGAAAAAAGUCAUUAUAUUCAAAAGCCCUAAACUAAAUAUUAAUAAUAAUCCUUCUGAAUUUCAUGUCUCUGGAAUUGAGCCAGUAGAAAACAGCAGAUUGGUCAGCACCAGGAGUCACCUGAGUUAAGAUAGGAAAAGAAAUAUGCCCAACCAACUCGCCAAAGGUAUCUUUGUCCUUGUACCUGGGCCUCAUACCAACAGAGUAUCCUUGUACUAUAUUUUUAAAACUGGAACUAUGAACUCCAUCCAUUUGCACUGUUCAGACAUAUAUAUGUAUGUAUGUAAAAAUUAUAUAUAAACAAAUUA